AAAUUGGAUUAAGAAAAUAAUAUUAUCAUAGUACUAAUAAAUAAACAAAAAUCAAGCAAAGGAUGGUUUGGUAAAUUUGGUUGAAGAAGAAGAAGAGAAAAGCGGUUAGUAGUGGGUCGUCUCUCACUUCUGUUCAACCUCCCUUGCCUGCAAAGUUGAGAACUUUGUGCAAAAGAAUCAAUAGACAGAAGAAACCACGCAAACCAACAAAAAAAGGGGAAGAAAACAGAGCAAAAACAGAGGACUCUGUUUCUGUUUCCUUCUCUUCUUUUGCUUCUUCUCAAAUUUGGAAUUCUUGGGAGUCAUUUUCUGCAACUGGUUCACUUUGAUUUUGCUCAAGCUUCCUUUUUUACAUAUGGGUUUUCUCUCCUGUCAUAUCUAGUGGUGGAGAAAUAGAAGGGAAUUGAGAUUUAAAGUUUCAAAAAUGUCUUUUAAAAGUAAAGGAGAGCAAUCCACUAGAAGUUUUGUAUCAAAGAAAUGGACUUUUCUUCUUUGCUUGGGCUGUUUCUGUGCUGGAAUGCUCCUUACCAAUAGGAUGGGGACCGAUCCUGAAUCUAAAGGUAUCAUGCGGACAACUGCAGUAGAAGCUGAAAACUUAAAACUUAUUUCAGAGGGUUGUAAUCUGAAAGCUAAAGAAGAAAAGCAUGUAUCUAAGGACAUCAUUGGAGAAGUUUUUAAGACUCACCAUGCUAUACAGACAUUGGGUAAAACUAUUUCCAACUUAGAGAUGGAAUUAGCUGCUGCAAGGGCAGCACAAGAAUCCUUACUCAGUGGUUCUCCAUUAACCACAGAAGUCAAUAGAGCUGAAUCAUCUAGGAAGAGAAAGUAUCUGAUGGUUAUAGGAAUUAAUACAGCUUUUAGCAGCAGGAAAAGACGAGACUCAGUUCGUGCUACAUGGAUACCACAAGGUGAAAAGAGGAAGAAAUUAGAGGAUGAAAAGGGCAUUAUCGCUCGCUUUGUUAUUGGACAUAGUGCCACUACAGGUGGUAUUUUGGACCGAGCAAUUGAAGCAGAGGAUAAGAAGCAUGGAGACUUCUUGAGGCUGGACCACGUUGAAGGGUACCUUGAAUUGUCUGCAAAAACUAAGAUAUAUUUUGCUACUGCUGUAGCUUUAUGGGAUGCAGAUUUUUAUGUCAAAGUUGAUGAUGAUGUCCAUGUAAAUAUAGCAACACUCGGAGAAACUCUAGUUAGACACCGAAAGAAACGACGUGUGUAUAUCGGGUGCAUGAAAUCUGGUCCCGUCCUCUCUCAAAAGGGAGUUAGAUACCAUGAACCUGAGCACUGGAAAUUUGGCGAGGCAGGAAACAAAUAUUUUCGGCAUGCUACUGGACAGUUGUAUGCCAUUUCAAAAGAUUUGGCCACAUAUAUAUCAAUAAAUCAGCAUGUUCUGCACAAGUAUGCUAAUGAGGAUGUUUCACUGGGAUCUUGGUUUAUUGGACUUGAUGUAGAUCAUAUCGAUGAUCGGAGACUAUGUUGUGGCACGCCACCUGAUUGUGAGUGGAAGGCCCAAGCUGGGAACAUCUGUGUUGCUUCCUUUGACUGGAGCUGCAGUGGAAUUUGCAGGUCUGCAGAUAGGAUUAAAGAGGUUCAUCGGCGGUGUGGGGAAGGUGAGAAUGCUUUGUGGAGUGCUACUUUCUAAUAGGCAGCUUCAUGUUCUUCCUAACUCAGGAGGAUGUUAAGCUAGGGUGACCCCAGCAGCAGGCAUGCAAAUCUUCUUCUGUGGUUUAAUGAGUAUAGAAAAUGUUACAUCACAGGAGAGAGAGAGAGAGAGAGAGAGAGUGAGAGCUUUGUAAUGGUGGCGUUAUGAUUUUUGUAGAAGGGAAGUGUAAGAAUAGCAGCCCAAAAAGGAAGCGGCUGUCACCAACCUCCCAUUCUUUCAGGCUUGAGGGCCAAUUUGUAAGUUAUAGUUCUAUAAACCUCGUAAUAAAUAGAAAAUAUUUUUGGUCCCAUUUUACGUCCUUAAUCAUCCAUUUAUGCAA